AUGAACAACGCGGAAAUACACUGCAGGUACUGAACAGUCGGUUGUGUAUUCUGACCACUGUUGUCAUCCGUGAGAAUGGACUGAACAUCCCAGAAGGAGUCAGAAGCUUCUCAGGAUCCGUCGUUUGCAUCUUAAACCGCUCCGAGACGCAUUAAUCAGCUGCUUUCUGCAGUUCAGAGACGGGAAGCAGAAUGUCUGAGAAUGACGGAGCAGCUGUGGGUCUCCUGUCUUAUGAGACUCUUGUCCACGCCGUGGCCGGAGCGAUGGGCAGUAUGACCGCAAUGACUGUGUUUUUCCCUCUGGACACAGCCAGAAUUAGACUUCAGGUGGACGAGAACCGGAAAGCCAAAUCCACCCCUGUCAUUCUGGCUGAGAUAGCAAAGGAAGAGGGGAUAAUGUCUCUCUAUCGUGGCUGGUUUCCUGUAAUCUCCAGCCUGUGCUGUUCUAAUUUUGUCUACUUCUACACUUUCAACUCCCUGAAGCGAGUGAUGGUCACUGGCAAACGGCAGUCCAGGCCUAGCAAAGAUCUGGUCAUGGGCUUCAUCUCAGGGGCCGUGAAUGUGCUCCUGACCACACCGAUGUGGGUGGUGAACACUCGGCUGAAGCUGCAGGGAGCAAAAUUCCGGAAUGAGGAACUCCACCAGACUCAGUACAAUGGCAUUUUUGACGCCUUCUCCCAGAUCAUAGCUAAAGAGGGAGUGGGGACUCUGUGGAACGGCACGCUCCCAUCCCUGGUGUUGGUGUUCAAUCCAGCGGUGCAGUUUAUGUUCUAUGAGGCCAUGAAAAGGAGGGCAGGGCAAGGAGGAAGGAAGAUUUCAUCAGUUGAGAUCUUCCUCAUCGGUGCCAUUGCCAAAGCUAUCGCAACCUCCGCCACUUAUCCACUGCAGACCGUCCAGGCUAUUCUGAGGUUUGGCCAAUACAAAUCACAAGAGAAAGGGGGUCUGAUGGGCAGCCUACGUAAUGUGGUGGAUUUACUAAUGGACAGAAUCAAGAGAAACGGAGUGAUAGGCUUGUACAAAGGUCUGGAGGCCAAGCUUUUACAGACGGUCCUGACGGCAGCUCUCAUGUUCGUGGUGUAUGAGAAGAUUGCAGCAGUCACCUUCAAACUGAUGGGCCUCAAUAAGAAACUAAAGCACUAAGAUCGGUGGCCUUAUAACAAACAGUAAAGCCUUGAACCUAACCAGAUACAGCCUUAUCACUUACCUACCUCUCUAACCUCACUCAGGCACAUGCCACAUACUAAUGGUCAUACUAGGUCUACACUAACUAUGGCUUUAUAAUCCUGCAAGUCUUAAACAGGGGUUCACUAAGUUUGAGCGUUCAAGUAGCCCACAUCACAAGCAUUUUUUGUGCUGACCAUUCAAAUCAAAAUGAUGGGCCUUUAGUGACUGUUGCAGUUGCUGAGGACUCUGAACUCUAAACAGUAGAGUUUAGAGACUUAAAAUAACAAUGGCUUGGCUUAUUAUAACUGGCAGCACCACACUUGCUAGUUAAUAGUAGAUCACUUUCUAAAAGGGGAAAAGACAGAACUGUCUGCUUGUACAUAUUGGAAACAAUAGCUAGCUUGCACAGCUGGAUUGACGGUUAUGGCAGUAUGGUUACUUGGCAAAAGAGGUGCGCAGCCAGAAGCAGCGUUCAAAAAAAAUGUAGUGUGACCCUUCCAAGACUGCUGUGUG